GAGCACAUUAAGAGCUUCAAAAAAGAUAUUCACGAAAAUUUCGCUAUCUCCCUUAGAUUUUGAGAUAUUCCUCGAAAACUCAGCUAAGAGCACUUCACUACUGAAUUCGAUAUUUAUGUUGAUUGACCCCUGAGGGUCCUGGGGUUUACGCAUGCGUCGAAUUAUUCACCCUCAUCCCCUGGACCUUGAGAGGGGUGUCAGCCACCCCCAAACAAAAACAUCCCCACCCAUAUGACUCAGUGAUUAGAAACUCGAUCAGCCCUGGUGCUUGAAUUCUUCUCGGAGAGAUUUUCCAACUCGGGUGGACGAUGACGGAAGUGAAGAAGGACGACGUCGUCAAGAUCCUGCAUACCUACCCCCUGUGUCGAAAAUGUGACAUGACAGAUGAGAUGAAGCAGGAAGCCAUGGAAUUGUGCGUAACAGCAGCUGAAAAAUAUGCGGACAACUACGAGAAUGUCUCAAGGAUGAUAAAGGAGACGAUGGACAAAAAAUUCGGGGCCUCCUGGCAUACUGUCGUCGGCGAGGGCUAUGGCUUCGAGAUAACGUAUCAGUUGAAACAUCUUCUGUACAUGUACUGCGCGGGGAAUUUGGCGAUUUGCAUAUGGAAAUCCGCUUGAAAAAUCACCAAAAACAACAACAAUUGCAAUUGGAGGAUCGAGUGAAGUGAAAAAACGUGAAUAUUUUCUGAAUUUGGAGAGAUGGAACUGUGAAAAUCAUUUCGUUAGAUAGUCGGGAAAAUUUGCGAUUCCAAACCCUGGUCAUGAACCCAU